UGAGGUCAGACACCGGAAGUGACAUAGAGCUGGACCCAGAGCCGGCAGGGUGCCGGAGGAGCUCACGCCCUUCGAGGUCCCUGUGUCCACCAGCUGGUACUUCUGGUUUCCCGGAGUCAGGAGCCUUGCGGUAGGCCCCUACUUCCCCGAACACAGCCAUGUCCGGUAACGGCAACGCGGCCGCCAGGGCGGAGGAAAAUAGCCCAAACAUGAGAGUGAUUCGCGUGGGUACCCGCAAGAGCCAGCUGGCUCGCAUACAGACGGACAGUGUGGUGGCAACGCUGAAAGCCUUAAACCCAGGCCUGCAGUUUGAAAUCAUUGCUAUGUCCACCACAGGUGACAGGAUUCUUGAUACGGCACUCUCUAAGAUUGGAGAGAAGAGCCUGUUUACCAAGGAGCUGGAACAUGCAUUAGAGAAGAAAGAAGUGGACCUGGUUGUUCACUCCCUUAAGGACCUGCCCACUAUGCUUCCUCCAGGCUUCACCAUUGGAGCCAUCUGCAAACGAGAGAACCCCCAUGAUGCUGUUGUUUUUCACCCAAAAUUUGUUGGGAAGACGCUAGAAACCUUGCCAGAAAAGAGUGUGGUAGGAACCAGCUCUCGGAGGGCAGCUCAGCUGCAGAGAAAGUUUCCACAUCUGGAGUUCAAGAGUAUUCGAGGAAACCUCAACACACGGCCAGAGCUGGAUGAGCUGCAGGAGUUCAGUGCCAUCAUCUUGGCUACAGCUGGCCUGCAGCGCAUGGGCUGGCAGAACCGUAUAGGGCAGAUUCUGCGUCCUGAGGAAUGCAUGUAUGCUGUGGGUCAGGGGGCCCUGGGCGUGGAAGUCCGAGCCAAGGAUCAGGAUAUCUUGGAUCUGGUGGGUAUGUUGCACGACCCUGAGACUCUGCUUUGUUGCAUCGCUGAACGGGCCUUCCUGAAGCAUCUGGAAGGAGGCUGCAGCGUACCAGUAGCAGUGCAUACAGCUAUAAAGGAUGGACAACUGUACCUGACUGGAGGAGUCUGGAGUCUAGAUGGCUCAGAUAGCAUGCAAGAGACCAUGCAGGCCACCAUCCAUAUCCCUGCCCAGUAUGAAGAUGGCCCUGAAGAUGACCCACAGCUGGUGAGCAUCACUGCCCAGAAUAUUCCACGAGUAGCCCAGCUGGCUGCUGAGAACCUGGGCAUCAGCCUGGCCAACUUGUUGCUGAACAAAGGAGCCAAGAACAUUUUAGACGUUGCACGGCAGCUUAAUGAUGCCCACUAACUGGUCUAUGGGGCACAGGUGCCUGGUUGCUACCGUCCAAUGCCUUCACCCCAGCCCUCAGUACCUGUCUGUGCAAUGAUUACCCCAGGGGUUUUAAACUGCUGGGUCAGACUACCAGGAACUGCCUUGCCUGCUCAGUAAGUUGGGGGCUUCAACUCUUUACAGAGAGUCAAGUCUUAGAAUGUAACCAACUCUAUUAAUAAAAAUCCUAUAGUUUGUUUUCCCCAGU